CUUCUCUGCUGUUUAGUGCGUCGAGCGUUGGAGGGAAGUGGAGUUCGCGCGUCUCGUAGUGCGUCCGUGGACCAAAGAGCAGCAGCAGCAGCGGUGCGCUCUUCUUCUUCCAGAGCCGCAGUCAUCCCGGGGAGCAGCCCGCACCGUGCACGCCUCGGACACCGGGAGGAGGGAUACUGCUCUUCUUCUGCAUUCUUAUUUUCUAACGGAUUUGAAACAUACAUGUUCUUUUCAUUUCCCCGAUGGUAACCAAGUCCGCGCAGCCGGAGACAUGUGGAAUAAUCCGGGGACAGUGCGCCGCGUCUCUCUAGUGUGUCUGCUCCUGACGCUGUGGGCUGAGGUGUCUCGGUCCACCGGGUACUUUGAGCUACAGCUGAUUUCGGUGGGAAACCCUGAAGGGCAGCUCCUGAACGGCGACUGCUGCGACGCGGAGAAGAGCGCGGCGGAGGGCCACUGCGGCGCGGACGAGUGCGACACCUACUUCAAAGUGUGUUUAAAGGAAUACCAAACGGAGGUCACGACCAACGGACCGUGCACCUACGGCUCGGAAACUACUAAGGUUAUCGGUGGGAAUACUUUUCAGUUCAAGGGCGGCCAGAAAACCGGCCAGAACCGGAACAAUGACGCUGGGAAGAUCACCAUCCCCUUCCAGUUCGCCUGGCCGCGAGCGUACACAGUGAUAGUGGAGGCGUGGGACAGAGACAACGGCACACACAGCAAUGAUGAUGAGCUGCUGAUUGAGCGCAGCAUCUACAAAGGGAUGAUCAACCCGGGCGAGGAGAAGCAGCCGGUGGAGUAUAAAAGCCUGAUCGCCAGUCUGGAGUACACCAUCCGCGUGCGCUGCGACGAAAACUACUACGGCGUCAAGUGCAACAAAGUGUGCCGUCCCCGCGACGAUUACUUCGGCCACUACGUGUGCGACCAGUUGGGGAACCGAGGCUGCAUGGAGGGCUGGACGGGGCCCGACUGCAAAACAGCCAUCUGCAAACAGGGAUGCAGCCUGGAGCAUGGACGGUGCAGCGUACCGGGGGAAUGCAGGUGUAACUACGGCUGGCAGGGGCCGCUCUGUGACGAGUGCCUGCCGUAUCCCGGCUGUGUUCACAGCACCUGCAACGAGCCCUGGCAGUGCACCUGUGAGAAGAACUGGGGAGGUCUGCUCUGUGACAAAGAUCUAAACUACUGCGGCACCAACCGUCCCUGUAAGAACGGAGGGACGUGCAUGAACACGGAGCCGGACGAGUAUAACUGCGCCUGUCCAGACGGCUACUCUGGCAAGAACUGUGAGAUCGCGGAGCACGCCUGUGUUUCCAACCCCUGUGCCAACGGCGGCACCUGCCAUGAAGUCCCGUCAGGCUUUGAGUGUCACUGUCCAGCAGGCUGGUCCGGGCCGACCUGUGCUAAAGACACGGAUGAAUGUGCCUCCAGCCCCUGUGCUCAGGGUGGAACCUGCAUGGACAUGGAGAACGGCUUCGAAUGCCUCUGUCCUCCUCAGUGGACGGGCAAGACCUGCCAGAUCGACGUUAAUGAGUGUGCGGGGAAGCCUUGCCUCAAUGCUUACCCUUGCAAAAACUUGAUUGGUGGAUAUCACUGUGCCUGCUUUCGUGGAUGGGUUGGCAAGAACUGUGACAUCAAUCUGAGCAGCUGUCACGGUCAGUGUCAGAACGGGGGGACCUGCAAGGAGGGAGCCAGAGGCUGCGUUUGCCAGGCGGGAUUCGUGGGUCGGCACUGCGAGGUUCAGAGAAACCGCUGUGCCAGCGGUCCCUGUAGGAACGGUGGGCGCUGCCACGCCCUGCUGGACGGCUUCAUGUGUGAAUGCCCGCAGGGCUUCGCUGGUACAACUUGUGAGGUGCAGAACGACCCCUGCAGCCCGAACCCAUGUCACAACAAGGCCCAGUGCCACAGCCUAAUGGGCAACUUCUACUGCAGCUGCCCCGACGAUUACGAGGGCAAAACCUGUUCGGAGCUCAAGGACCACUGCAAGACCAACCAGUGUCAAGUGAUUGACAGUUGCACCGUAGCCGUGGCAACCAAUGACACCCAAAAGCGGGUGUGGCACAUCUCAUCCAAUGUGUGCGGUCCCCACGGCCGCUGCAUCAGCCUACCUGCCGGGAACUUCAGCUGCUCCUGUGAGCCGGGAUUCACUGGCACCUACUGCCACGAGAACAUCAAUGACUGUGCGUCAUCCCCCUGUAAGAACGGAGGCACUUGCAUCGACGGGAUCAACUCCUUCCAGUGUUUCUGCCCAGACGGCUGGGAGGGCAGUCUAUGUGACGUUGAUGUGAACGAGUGCAACAGGAACCCGUGUCAGAACGGAGGCCGAUGUGUCGACCUGCUCAACGACUUCUACUGCAACUGUGUGGACAACUGGAAGGGAAAGACCUGCCACUCACGUGAGAGCCAGUGCGACUCCACCACCUGCAGUAACGGAGGGACGUGUUACGACCACGGAGACUCCUUCCUGUGCAGCUGCCCGUCAGGCUGGGGCGGCAGCACCUGCAACACAGCCAAGAACAGCACAUGUGACUCGGGUCCGUGUGAGAACGGAGGGACGUGUGUCGGAGGGGGCGAUGCCUUCACCUGCAUCUGCAAGGACGGCUGGGAGGGAUCCAGCUGUGCACAGAAUGUCGACGACUGCAAUCCACAUCCCUGCUACAACGGCGGCAUCUGCGUCGACGGCGUCAACUGGUUCCGCUGUGAAUGCGCCCCGGGAUUCGCCGGACCGGACUGUCGCAUCAACAUAGAUGAGUGUCAGUCGUCUCCUUGUGCCGAUGGUUCGACCUGCGUGGAUGAAAUCAACGGCUACCGCUGCGUCUGUCCUCCGGGACACGCCGGACCUCGCUGUCAGAAGUUCAUCGGACUCGGGAAGCCGUGUCGUCAUGCCGGCUUGCAGUUUCCUCACGGCAGCCGGUGGGAGGAGGAGUGCAACGCCUGCCAGUGUGUCAACGGCUACGUCCUCCGCUCCAAGGUGAGGUGCGGUCGGCGGCCCUGCCUCCUCCCAAAGGCUCCGCCCGCCCCAGAUGCGAACCCCCCGUCUUGCCCCGGAGGUCACGAGUGCGUGGAGCAUCAGUUCCUCACCUGCUUCUCGCCGCCGUGCCACCAGUGGGGCGUGUGUUCGACGCCCGACCCGCCGACGCCCAUGCACACCAAGUGUGAGCCCAACAGCGGUUACCUGGACAACAGCUGCGCUCGCAUCACGCUCAUCUUCAAGAAGGACAAAGUGCCGCAGGGCACCACUGUAGAGAACAUCUGCUCCGAGCUGAGGUACCUCCCCAUAACUCAGACGCUGGCCGAGGAGCGAGCGCUGCUCAUCCUCUGUGAUCUGUCCUACUCCAACAGUGACGCCGUGGAGGUCGCCAUGUCCUUUGAGCAGGACGGGCGAUCGAAGGACGGUGAUCGAGGACAGAUCCAGAAGGCGGCCAGCGCCAUCAUCGGUGCCCUCUCCAAACGCCACAACAGCACCGUCAUGCUGGCCGUGGUGGAGGUCAAAGUGGAGACGCAGGUGGAGCCGCCGCCUGUUGGUUACCUGGUCCCGGUGCUGUGCGUCGUCUUCAGCGUCCUCUGGAUCUUCUGCAUCGUCGUUUGCAUCUGGUGGACCCGCAAGAGGAAGAAAGAGCGCGAGAGAGCGCCCCGAUCCGAGGACACGGCGGUCAACAACCAGCUGGUGCUGAGGCCGAGUAACGCCCUCAAGGACAACCGCGACAAAGACAUUCAGUACGAAUGCAAGAAACUGAUGGCCCCCACCGACAGGACGUGCGACGGGGCCGAGGGCGAGGAGGAAGGGGAGCAGGAGGAGGGGGAGCAGGAGGAAGACGAGGAGAGGGCACCGGGCGUGGGGGAGAAGUGUCCGCCGCAGAGGUGCUCCACGGCGGGGGCGCAGGACAGGGGGGUGACGGGUAAGGGAGGGGUCAUCUGCACUUCACGCAGCGGCCCGGUCAAGGCGCCGCACCGGACGGGGUACAGCCCCAAAGACAACCGGUGUAAAAACCUGAACGCCGCCAAGCUCAGCGAGGACAUUAAAGACCACUAUGUAUGAACACACGGAGGACGGAGCAGAAGAAAGAAAGGAAAGAACUGCGAUGUCUUCAACGUCACUGACUUCUCAACUCUUAAAAAGUGAAGAUUACAAAUGCUUUCAUUUUCUAUUUUUACCUUAUUUAACUACUUUGUCUGCAGCACGGAGGCUUGUUUUUACCAAAAGCCAAUUCGCAAAUAAAAAAGACAGAAAAAUAAACAAAAAAAGACAAAUAAAAAUCACGGCUUCUCGUCAUACUUCUGGAAUCAAGAAGAAUCUUCUCUUUUUCACCGCUCCAGAUUAUUAUUGUUUUCGUACUUUUCCGCUUUGCCUCAUCCGAGCUCACGCUUCCCUUUCUUUGGACUGAUGGUCAUCCGCCGGCAGCUGCUCACAUUGUUUCUACCGAUUGGUGCGUUCGGCUCCUGUCUGCCUUAGCCCCAAACCUGCGGGCCUUUUCUACACUUCACAUCAUGACUUUUUAUAUAAAACAAAAAAAACAAAAAAAGAUUUUAUAUACAUUUAAGUGCUUGACAGUUGGCACAGAGAAUCCACUGUAUGAUACCUGGCAUGAGCAUUUUUUUUGUUGUUUACAUUCAUAAACAUCUUUUCCAUUUUGUGUUGAGGCUUAAAGGUUCUUACGUAUAUCCUUUAAAAUAAUGAUGUCACUGCUUCCUGCGAGUCAACAUGAUGAUUCUUCAGUAUUUGCUUCGGUAGAAAAGUGCCUUCAGCCCUUAUUAUUAUUAUUAUUAUUAUUAUUAUUAUUAUUAUUAUUAUUAUUAUUAUUGUUGUUUUUUAUUUUUUUUUAUUUCUUUUAUUUGUUUUUCCUCCUUUAAAGUUUAUGCAGAAUUUAAUUACAUAUAAAGGGAAAGAUGUCCGAGCAACAACUCUUCAUACCACACAAAGGUUAUUGUCUUUGCGAUGUACAUAUGUAAAUAUGAAGAAAUGGCUGUGUAUAUUUGAAUUUAGUAACUUAAGUGAUGCUUUGUAUCAUAGUUAUUCUAAAGACUGUUUUCGUGCUUGUUUUUUUUAAUUUUAAAUGAUGUCAUUCCGUUCAUCAGUGUCUGUCGACACUAUAACAGGUUUUAUACAGAUGUUCAGAGUCCAGGGUCCCUCUGAAUCAGGAGCGCCGGUUUUUCGUUACGUGUUGUGAUUCUUUGUUACAGAAACACAAACACUGAGAAUGUCGAUCUGUUUGUUAAUCUUUGUGAGAGGUUAUUGUUUUUAACCGACAGGCCGUCGUUGAAAAUUAAGUUGUAAGUUUCUGAGAGUUAAAAUUAUUUCAAAAAGGUUUUUCUACACCUACAAAUGUUUGUCUUAUGGGCCAUCCUUGCAAAAAUCACCCAAAUACAGCCAUUUAUCUUUUAACAAAUGUAUCCCAGUGUGCAAACUUAGAGCCGUUCCACACCCACAAAUUCAAAUCAUGGGCCGACCCUCCAAAAAUAAUUCUAAAUGUCCGAUUUGAAUGCUCUGUGUUUCAGUGAGACAGCUUCUGAAUGAUGCUUUAGUCCACUGACGAUUCUUCUGAAAUUGUCUUUUCAGCUUUUUCCACAUUUCAUGCUGUUUCGCGUCCGACAGGCUUCUCUGUACGAGCACAUACAGGUUGUACUACAGCAGCCAUCAGGCCAGCUUUCAUGGUUUCCUUUUUGUGUGACGAUAUUUGAAAAUGGCGAAAGCUUAAAGGUCUCUCAACCAAACUCUGAAGAAAUGAGACGUCAAUCGUUCAUUCAGCCUGAACCCAUCGUCCUCCUUGGUUCACUGUUACCGUCGAUGCUGCAGGUUGAAAGUUGCAGGAAUUAAAGGAACUGAAAUGGUUUUGCUGCACUUCUUUUGUCCAUUAUUAUAAUGGAAAUACAACCCAAACCCUAACCCUUCAGAUAUACAGCUUUUGAUUUUGGGAUGUGAUUUCACAGCCUCCAGUUUUGUUUCAUCAUAUCUUAAUCCCUUACAGGGCACAGGGUCCAAACAACGUAAAAAGCUCUGCUGCCAGUCUCUCUCUCUAUAUAUAUAGUUUACAGUCGGUAGACAGUGUGGAUGCCAGGGUGUUCAGUAAGUAUGACCCCACCUCCUCAAGUGCCCCAUUGCAAGACACCGAAUCCCCUUCUAGACGAAUCAAAAGGUGUGAGGUUUGAAUGGGAAUCGAGUGCGAGUCCUAAAUGUUUAGCCCCGCCUCUCCUCCAUGUAUCUAUUCUGGUCUAAUGAAGGGAACAACUUGUUGCUGUUGUGGUUGUUGUCCAGUGUUUUGUAAAGUCUGUUUCUGCACUAAGAACACAAACAUUUAGCAUCACAUUAUAAAAACAAAAGUCAAAUAUUGUCACUGUUUGUGGACGAACAUUUCGCUGUUUUUGUUAAUAAUGCAAAUCAUUUUGAACCCAAAUUCAUAUUCUGCCAGUAAAUCCUACGUUGUGUGAGUCCCACAGGAGGACCUGAAUGUGCAGAACAUUGUAAUUAUUUUGUACAAAAAUUUGGUAAAAGUCUUGGUUUGUUAGUGGAAUUUUUUUUUUGUUUGUUCUUAGAACAAUCUUAUUAUUUAUUAAAGUAUUUUAUACCAAAGUU